AUGGCGGACGCUCAACCCGUACCGAUUGUCGCUGCCAAUGUGCCACAAGCUGCAGAGGAUCCUUUUGCAGAGGAGGAAGAAGACGAUGUAGACGAAGAAGAGGAACUAGUAGAGGAAGGUGGGCCAUCCACACCUCUGAGUUUGGACGAUCCCAGACGAAUGGAUCUGACGCCAGAAGAACAUGGUUGGGCGCUUGUCAUUAAGGAACUGGUUGAGGAAGAAGAUGGACUGGACACACUGUCAGACUACUGGUACGCUCAGGUGGCUUUGGUGGACAAGGGCGACGUCGCAAAUUCUAUGGAGAGGAUUCAUCAUAUGCAACUCUUUCGCCAGGAGUAUGACAUUCAGGACACGGUGGCACAGGCAGAGCGGGCAGUGGCUAAAUACAUGGAACUAUUUCCCGAAUGCUUCCUCUCCUUUAGCUAUAACAGUGCUUCUGGGAAUUAUACCCAAAUCAUUGAUAUUUCCAAAUUCCACGCCUCGGUCAUCAAAAAGCACCCCACUGCCCACAAGGUUUGGUUCCAGGCAGCCUACUAUGUCAAUCAUGCCUUGUGUUCGGACAUGGAUGCCAUUCGCCGAGGAAUGACGUUUCUCCUAGAGUGCAUGGAUUUUGAUUGGAAAAAGAAUUUUGGAUUGGAAAUGCUUCGACCUUAUUGGUGUGAUAUUGCCGGUUUCUACCCACUGAAUAUCCACACUUUUCGAUAUUUUCACACGGGAGUGUUUGUGAACAUGCUGACCAGCAUGGCCAAGAAAUUCAUGCCCGUUGCCAUGAGAGAUCAGUUUGAAUUGGGGUGCAUCAAUGUAUCGGGAAGCUUGAGUCCGAUUUUCUUGGCUCCGACGGUGGAAGCUGCCAAUGAAAGGACCAUGAGCCGAUUCCUCCACAGCCUGGAACUUCGCUACAAGAAUGAGGAGUCAUUCACCCUGAAAACAUAA